AUGCCCAUCGAUUCGAGCAUCGCGUCGCUGCAGCACGAAAUUGCGUCGUGCGAGCGCCAGCUGCAGCGCCUCAAGCAACAGCUCGCCGAUGCCGAAGACGCCCGCUCCCGGAACCAAUCGUCCUCGUCGGCCACCGCCUCCUACUCCUACGCUCCCUCCGUCCCCACCGCAUCCCUCCCAGCCGACACGUUCCACAGCGACAUUCACCAUAACAGGCAGUUCCUAGGCGCUGCGCUGGGCGGCGGGCUACCCGAUGAGUGGCAGGCAGAACUGUGGGCGGUGCUGGAGCAGCCGGCACAUGACGACGGGCAGCGGCGGUGGCCGCUGGAGAAACACGAAUACAGGCGAUAUGGACGGCAGCUGAUCAUGCCCGAGGUGGGUUUGCAAGGGCAGCUGCGACUACGGAGCUCUGCCGUCCUCAUAAUCGGGGCGGGCGGGCUGGGCUGCCCGGCUGCGGCCUACAUUGCUGGCGCGGGAGUGGGCACACUUGGCAUGGUGGAUGGCGAUACUGUUGAGGAGUCGAAUCUCCACCGCCAGAUCCUGCACAGCACGAGCAAGGUCGGCAUGCCCAAGGUGGAAAGUGCACUGAGAAAUCUAAAGUGCCUGAAUCCGAACGUCAGGUAUUAUUCCUACAAUACCAGACUGACACCUGAGAACGCCCAGGAUAUAUUUUCUGAGUACGACAUUGUCCUAGACUGCACAGAUACGCCCGCGUCUCGCUACCUCAUUUCAGACACAUGCGUGCUUCUGGGCAAGCCGCUCGUGUCUGCGUCAGCCCUGCGGACCGAAGGGCAGCUGAUGGUGCUUAACAACCCACCGAGGCCACCAGGAGACUCAACUGGAGGACCCUGCUACCGAUGUGUCUUUCCAAAGCCACCACCCGCUGAAAGCGUCAUCAGCUGCGGAGAAGGCGGUAUCCUUGGGCCAGUCGUCGGUGUCAUGGGAGUUCUCCAGGCGUUGGAAGCCAUCAAAGUGAUUACAGCGGGUAUCGAGAGGCCCCCAUCGGACGAGAUGGAUGUGGAUGGUGCCUCUCCAGCUUCCGAUAAGCUGCACGACGCGGCGGCAGCAGGCAGCAAACCCACAAGCAACAAGCCCUCCCUGCUGCUUUUCUCCGCAUACAGUAAUCCACAGUUUCGCUCUUUCGGACUCCGCACCAGAAAGGCAAAGUGCGCCGCUUGCUCUGCGCAGGCAACAGUGACGCGCCAAGCUCUUACAUCCGGUUCGAUGGACUAUGUGCAGUUCUGUGGCGCCGUCGGUCCCAUCAAUGCACUCAGCCCCGAGGAGCGUAUUUCAGCGCUCGACUAUCACCAAGCACGCAAUGGAAUUGCGUCUGUAGCCAAAGAAAACAGCAGCCCUUUCUCAGAUGGGAGACCCGAGAGCCAAAACCACAUACUUGUGGACGUGCGCGAGAAGGUACAGUUCGAGCUGGCGCACCUGGAUGACAGCAUCAACAUACCAUUCUCCGACAUUGUUGCCACCGCUGUACCCCAACUAUCUUCAUCGUCAUCGCCACCCGCAUCAGCUUCCACCACACCUGCAACACCUGCUACCGGCAGCGCGGACUCGCCUGCAUCUCCGAAGCAGGCAACAGAAGGAGGCAACACCAAUGAUCAGUUGGAGCCUGCCCCGGCGUGGCUCACUCAGCUCCGCCAGCUACCUGCUGAGAAGCCCAUAGUUGUGACGUGUCGCCUCGGCAAUGAUUCGCAGCUCGCAGUGCGCAAAAUGAAGGCGCUGGGCUUAGAUGGGGACGGCAAAAGAAUGAUCGUCGAUGUGAGGGGAGGACUGCGGGCUUGGAGAGAAAACGUGGAUGCAGAGUUUCCAGAUUAUUGA